UGGAGGGAGAAACUGACAAAGAUUUGUUUACAUCAGUGUUGGACUAAAUGAUAUUGCAGACAGCGUCAUGGCGACACGUUUUAGUAGAAAGUAGAAUAAACUGACCUGACGGAUUACCAACCACCGGAUUUUUCAUAGUUUGGAAUUGAAGUGUGGAUUUUGUGAGUGAUCCAAGCAGCCGGGAUGGAGUGCAGCGGAGAGGUGACGCCUCAGCUGAUGAUGGCUGUGGGGACAGCUGUGAUCGGCUCUCUCCAGUUUGGCUACAACACCGGUGUCAUCAACGCUCCUCAGAAUAUCAUUGAGAGCUUCUACAAUGAGACGUGGAGCAGCAGGUACUCAGAGGAUAUCCCUCAGACCACUUUAACAGCCCUGUGGUCGCUCUCUGUGGCCAUCUUCUCUGUGGGAGGAAUGUGCGGCUCCUUCUCUGUCAGCCUCUUUGUCAACCGCUUUGGCAGGAAGAACUCCAUGCUCAUUGCCAACGUGCCUGCCUUUUUAGCUGCUGCAUUUAUGGGCUUCUCCAAGCUGGCCGCUUCCUUUGAGAUGCUCAUCGUUGGACGUUUCAUAGUGGGUAUCUACUGCGGCCUCUGCACUGGCUUUGUGCCCAUGUAUGUUGAGGAAAUCUCACCCACAUCUCUCCGUGGAGCAUUGGGAACUCUGCAUCAACUUGGCGUAGUGAUCGGCAUUCUCAUGGCACAGAUCUUUGGGAUUGAAUCCAUCAUGGGGAAUGCCUCCCUGUGGCCCGUCCUGCUGGGUUUUACUCUGCUGCCGUCUAUUCUGCAGUGUGCCCUGCUGCCCCUCUGCCCUGAGAGCCCCCGAUACCUCCUCAUCAACUGCAACGAGGAAAGCAAAGCCCGCAGCGUAUUGGUGAAGCUGCGUGGCACUGACGAGGUGAAUGAGGAUAUGCAAGAGAUGAAGGAGGAGAGCCAGCAGAUGAUGAGGGAGAAGACGGUGACCAUCCCCGAGCUGUUCCGCUCCCCAUUGUACCGCCAGCCUAUCUUUGUUGCCAUCAUGCUGCAGCUCUCACAGCAGCUGUCUGGAAUCAACGCCGUGUUUUACUACUCGACUGGGAUCUUUGAGCGAGCAGGUGUGUCCCAGCCUGUCUAUGCAACCAUUGGUGCAGGAGUGGUCAACACCGCCUUCACUGUGGUUUCUCUGUUUGUGGUGGAGCGUGUGGGCAGGAGACCGCUUCACCUCACUGGUUUGAUGGGAAUGGCAGUUUCAGCUGUUUUUCUAACCGUUGCCAUGGCGUUGUUGGACCAGCUCAAGUGGAUGUCCUAUAUCAGCAUCGUGGCCAUCUUCAGUUUUGUAGCCUUUUUUGAAAUCGGCCCCGGCCCCAUUCCCUGGUUCAUUGUGGCCGAGCUCUUCAGCCAGGGGCCCCGGCCGGCUGCCUUUGCAGUCGCUGGUUUCUCCAAUUGGUCUGCCAACUUCUUAGUUGGGAUGUGCUUCCCAUAUGUUGAGCAACUCUGUGGCCCAUACGUCUUCAUCAUCUUCACCGUCCUGCUGCUCGGCUUCUUCACCUUCACCUACUUCAAGGUGCCAGAGACUAAGGGCCGCACCUUUGAUGAGAUCGCCGCAGGCUUCCGCCAGGCAGCCGGUCAUGGAGCUGACAAGUACUCGGCCCCUGAAGAGUUCAACACCCUCAGGGGGGAUGAUCCCGACCUUUGAAAACUGCUGCACAUUCACACGUUCACACAUGCAGCAAAGUUACCUGCUACAAAGAGGUUCACUUUUAGGACACUACUGUUGUGUUUCAAAUAUCCCGUACACUAAGGUUAGGGUCAGUAUUACAUUAGAGGUUUAGAUACAGACUGUUAAAAUAAAGGUGGAUGACCUGACUGAGGAUAUCACUGUAAAAAUGGCGUCUCAUAGGCGUUUAAAGUUAAGUAAGUGAGUUAGAGGCUGGGAUGUACUGGGACAGAAAGGCAGGGUGGGUUUAAACUGUAAAUAUUUGGAGCUAUAUAUAUAUAUAUAUAUAUAUAUAUAUGUAGUAAUAUUCUUAUUCAAAAUAGAAAACAGAAAAUUGAACCUUCAGUACAUCAUUUGAAACUCUCAAUACCACUUUUUUUUAUUUUGGAGUUAAAAUUGAUAUUGACUUUCUCUGCUGAGGUGAAGAGCAUUUACCUUUAUUUUGAAAGCGAGUGGCCUCUUUGGCCACAACCCAAACAGUGAUGCCAAAGAAGGUGUUUGGUUCUGACAGGUGAUGUAAUUUUGACUUUCUAGAUCAUCAUUUUUGAUUUAUGUUAUAAUUAUUAAGUCAGAAUUAUACAUGUGUUUCCAUCCAUAAGUUUUUAUGUGCAUAUUCAAUUUGUGCUUAAUAAAAACCUGAGUGGAUACGCUGGAAAUUGUGUAAUGGAAACCGAUUCCGUGAAUUAAUCAUGACGUACAUGAAGCAUUUGACUUAAACGUCCACGUCCGUCUUCUGCUGAAGAGCUGAAAACAUGAGAUCUGUGUGGGGCGAUGGGGAAACUGUAACCUUCCUCACAUUAAUACAAAUGUCAUACUUCCAUUUCUUCUUCUUCUUCUUCUUCUUCUUUU